GGGGUGGGCCCGGGCGCGUCGGAGGACUGAGCGGCGAGCGGACGGCGGGCCGGUGACGGUCGCUGGGCAGCGAGCUGCGGCGAUGGCGACUGUGGUGGCAGCGACGGCGGCGGAGCGGGCGGUGCUGGAGGAGGAGUUUCGCUGGCUAUUGCAGGACGAGGUGCACGCCGUGCUGAGGCAGCUACAGGACAUCCUCAAGGAGGCCUCUCUCCGCUUCAGUCUGCCUGGCUCAGGCACCGAGGGGCCCACAAAGCAGGAGAACUUCAUCCUGGGCAGCUGUGGCACAGACCAGGUGAAGGGCGUGCUGACUCUGCAAGGGGAUGCACUGAGCCAGGCGGAUGUGAACCUGAAGAUGCCCAGGAACAACCAGCUGCUGCACUUUGCCUUCAGGGAGGACAAGCAGUGGAAGCUGCAGCAGAUCCAGGACGCCAGGAACCAUGUGAGCCAAGCCAUUUACCUCCUUGCCAACCGGGAUGAGAGCUACCAGUUCAGGACAGGAGCAGAGGUCCUCAAGCUGAUGGAUGCCGUGAUGCUACAGCUGACCAGAGCCCGAAACCGGCUCACCACUCCAGCCACCCUCACUCUGCCUGAGAUCGCUGCCAGCGGCCUCACGCGGAUGUUCGCCCCCGCCCUGCCUUCCGACCUGCUGGUCAAUGUCUACAUCAGCCUUAACAAGCUCUGCCUCACCGUGUACCAGCUGCAUGCCCUGCAGCCCAAUUCCAGCAAGAACUUCCGCCCAGCUGGAGGUGCCGUGCUUCACAGCCCUGGGGCCAUGUUCGAGUGGGGUGCACAGCGUCUAGAGGUGAGCCACGUGCACAAGGUGGAGUGUGUGAUCCCGUGGCUGAACGAUGCCCUCGUCUUCUUCACCGUCUCCCUGCAGCUCUGCCAGCAGCUCAAGGAUAAGGUGGGGACAUGGGGGGUCAGGGCCGGGCUGGGCCUCACGCAGAUUAGGCCAGCCAAACAGCAGGUGGUUUAGCCCCUUCUUUUUUGGGGUGGCACACCUCUAAAGCACCCCCUAAUCUUAAGAUCUGUUGUACCUUCUGUACACCCCAAAUAGGUGGGCCAUUGUAUUGCUUGGCAACAGUAUCCUCUUCCUGACACGUGGCCCUUGGUUCACUUUCAAAUCUUACCUGGGUCACAGAGGGUGCAGCAGGGACCAGAUCCUCUAGCACCACCACUCACCAUGUCCCCCCAUCUCCCUCCUU